AUGCUUCUCUACAAGGACGUCAUCUCCGGCGACGAACUCAUCUCCGACGCAUACGACCUCGAACUCAAGGACGGUAUCGUCUACGAGGCAGACUGCGCCAUGGUCGAGGUCGGCGGCGAGAAUGUCGAUAUCGGUGCCAACGCCUCUGCUGAAGAGGCAGAUGAGGGCACAGACGACACAAAGGAGAAGGUCAACAACAUCGUCUACUCCUUCAAGUUGACCCCUACUUCUUUCGACAAGAAGUCCUACAUGACCUACAUCAAGGGCUACAUGAAGAAGGUCAAGGCCCACCUCCAAGAGAACGAUCCAGACUCCGUUGCCGAGUUCGAGAAGGGUGCCGCGACGUUUGUCAAGAAGGUUCUCGGCAACUUCAACGACUACGAGUUCUACACGGGUGAAUCCAUGAACCCGGACGGCAUGGUUGCGCUCCUCAACUACCGCGAGGACGGUACCACCCCAUACUUUUCUUUCUUCAAGCACGCUCUCAAGGAGGAGAAGCUUUAA